AUGGAUUCAAAUGUAUUGAUUCAUAGCGUAGCAAGAUCUAAAGACGGAAACUUAUCAGUAAUAGCAUGGUAUAUGGAAUUUUACAGUGCAGGAUAUAGCUGUCUUCAUCCCGGGUCCUAUCUAUUACGAUCAGUAGGAAAACCAUUCACAAAUGAUGGGUUGGUUGAUUUCUACGUUUCUAGUGAGCAAUGGGCUGUCGAAUUAUUAAUAGGUGGCAGUACUAUGAAAGAACACAUUAGGAGAUUUGAAGAUGGUGGCUCUGAAUUCAGGGAUUUUGAUUUAAAUAAUAAGAAUAAUGUUGAUCCUAAAAUAAACAAGAUAAAAGAAAAUGCUGAAUCAGACGCAAAAAUUUUUGCCGCAAUAUCAACAGUCACUGGUAUUAUAGGAGUUACAGGGGCAUUUUAUAUGCAUGGUUCGAGCGUGGCAAAUUCAGUUGCUACAGAGAAAGAAAUAGAAGCUAAAGUAUUAGAUGGCAUUUUAAACGAAAAGAAAGAACUAAUGGAGGCUAAAUCAGAAAAAAGAAUUAUUGAACAAUUUGAAAGCACCAUUGAACGUGGAGCUCGCCCUAGCAAGUUAUUUAUUAGACGCUUUGAAGAACAAUGGAAGGAAAUAAUUGAAGAAUGUAAAGGAAAUUUCUUUUCUGUAUCAUCAGAAGAAAUUCCGAUGUAG